AUGUCAGACGUCGUCGCCGCCAGCCCCGACAUUCGCGAUACGGGGCCCGUUCCUGGUCCCAGCACCAAUACGCGCAACGACGUGCUCCCGCACACACCAAACCCUCUCAACCAGGGCGUGGUCAUGACCCACGAGAUCAAGUCGUCUUACAGUCGUUCAGUCAACCGCAGGAUGAUCAACCAGUAUGAGUUCGACCACCGCGUCGGCAGGGGGCAACACGGAGAAGUGUAUCUCGCCAGGGACACGUCAAAGAACGGCAUGGAAGUGGCUAUCAAGGCCGUAAAGCGAAAGAACCAGAAGGUGGAUAGAAUGAGCAUGCUCAGGAAGCGAAACCUCCCCAAUUCGCCUCAUCUUCCAUUGACGGACCAGCUCGGCAGCACGGAGCACAAGAUUCGCAAGGAGAUUGCGAUUAUGAAGAAGUGCUGCCAUCCACACAUUGUGCGCUUGCUGGAGGUCAUUGAUGACAAACUGAAUGACCGGAUUUAUAUGGUCAUGGAAUAUCUUGGCGGGGGCGAAAUAAAAUGGCGGACACAAGGGGAUGAGCCAGUGCUACGCGUUGACCAGACAAGGCGGAUCUGUCGCGACGUUAUUCUGGGUCUCGAGUACCUGCAUCACCAAGGGAUCAUUCACCGCGACAUUAAGCCGGCCAACCUGCUGUGGUCCGCCGACCGCCGCACGGUGAAGAUCACCGACUUCGGUGUAUCCCACUUCUCCUAUGCCCAGCGGCUCGCUGCUGCAGGCAGAGGGCUCUCCCCCGACGACCAGGACCCUAUCCUCAUGGACGACUCGGACCUCUCCAAGACGGCGGGCACGCCGAUGUUUCUUGCGCCGGAAAUCCUGAGCGACUCGACGUCCGAAUCCGCCUCCUCGAGCACGAUGUACCUCUCGCCCACGCGCAAGAAGCCCCCGAUCACGAAGGCAAUCGACGUCUGGGCGUUCGGCGUAACGCUCUAUGGCCUCCUAUUCGGCCACUUGCCGUUCCAGGCGUUGGUUGAGUAUGACAUCUACCAGGUGAUCAGGAAACAGGACUGGGACGUGCCCGCCACGAUGGGCGUCGAUCUCAUUCCGGUAGGUGGACGUCAUCAGAAGUCGCAACCCAAGGGCGAGGAGACGGAAGGCUACCUUGUGGUCAAACUCCUGCAGCGGCUCUUAGAGAAAGAUGCGAAGAGGCGGAUUACGCUUAGUGAAGUCAAAAAGGAUCCUUGGAUCUUGCGCGACAUCUCCAACCCGCAAGAGUGGUUGCGCGAAACUACGCUGGAUCGACAGUCCUCACUCGAGCCAACUGCCGACGAGACGAGUUCUGCCAUGUCAUCCGUACGCUUCCGCUGGUCUGCGCUGCUCACGAACCGUAUUUCCAUUCUCUUGCGCAACGUGCGGCCGCAGCGCUCCUUCAGACGCGGAGCACGUCGUGUAGAGGAACCAGAGGAGUUCAAGGACGUCGGCACGCGCUCCGCCCCUAAUGUCCACGUCCAUCAUCUUCCCCGCCGCAGCACCGUGGCCGGCCCCUCGCAAUCCCGCCUUGAGCGCCAGCAAGCAAUCCAGCAGGAUAGGGGCAAGCAACGGCAGCUCACGCGCGACGCCCCGCACAACCAGUCUGGCACGGAGGUGAGCGUAACGGCUGUGAAGGGCUUUGAGCCUUGGUCCAUGUGGGCUGGCGGCAGUACGCCUGCAAUCCAAGGCUCAGGCUCGAAGCCUCGCCGCGGAUCGAUUCCCUCCAAGGUGCCGGAAAUGACGCUGCAGGUGCCCGUACGGGGCUUCCGUGUGGGCUCGCCCCAGCCUUCUCCGCAGUCUAUCAGCCAGGCGACCAGUCCUAUAGGCGAGCAGCGGUUAGCGUCAGAGGAGCGCCCGCGCAGCCGAAUGUCGAUCUCGUCAUGGGUGCGCGGCUGGCGGAGCGGCAAGCACACGCCGUAUGGUGCGUCGCCGCAGGAUGCGAGCGCGAACACGAGCCCUGGCGUCAAUGCGAUUGCCAGCGCGACGCCUUCGGUUCGCAGGAGCAGGAGCGGCGGCGCUGCGGUGCGCGAGCGGAUGGCGCGUCGGAGCGAGGACGCGUUCAAUAGCCACAUCACGUCGCGCCAGAGCAGCGCCAGCGGUCCGCUAAUGCCUCCCAUGCGCGCAGCGAGCUGGGGUGAGGUAAACAACUAUUCUCGGCCGUCGGAGGACAUGACGAGCCUCUACUCCGGUGAGCGCGCGGACGAUGCGCUGGAUGAAGAUACGCUCCUGCUUGGCGCGGGAGGCGUGGCGCAGAGCCCUGUGCCUUCGAUUCCGAGCGGCCUCCUCAGCACCGUGUCCUCGACCAAUUCGACUACCAAUCCCGCAUGGUCCGCUGCACAGGCAAUCCUCCAGCGUGCCGAGAUCGGCGAGCACGCUCCUGUGCACGACCAAUCGGUGCCAGAUAUGUCGCGGCAGUCCUCCACACGUCUGCGGACGACGAGCCCGCUCUCACAGAUGCCUUACAACCAUCGGCACCUCACCGCGGAGUCUGACUCCGUAGACAGCUAUGACGACGACUCGAGCAUCUUCGAUCCGGACGCGCAGUCGGAGGUUGAUUACGAUGACGUUGCGCUUCAGCCGAGUACGAGCCAGAUGUAUCAGGCUGAAGACGACGAGAGCGAGGACGAGGAGGAGUUCCAGCUCGAAGUGCGCACACGCCGACCGUCCGCAUCCGCGUCCCCUAGCGACACGUCCCCACGGAAUUCAGAGAGCACUCAUACGGAGCGCGCCAUCGUUUGUAUAUAG